CGCACCCUUGAUGCUCAAUACACGCACGCAAGUGGUGGCGACACAGAGUGACCUGGACACACAGCUGGCCAAUGCCAAUCGCUUUGGCACAGACGAUGAGCGGCGGACGGCGUACAGAGAGUUUGUGCGGUAUCACACAGACCACAACGACCUCAAACGCGUACGCUGUGGGCUCAGCACACUCACAGCACCCCUCUACAG